CUGACUCGUGUGAACUCAUUUUGACAGCCUCGACAAGAGAGGACUCGUCUUACUAUGCGUAGAUUUUGCUCUCUGCUGUUUUCCAGGCAGGUUUCGGGUGUAGUUGGGGUUUGAGGUUGGGGUUUUUUAUCUGGGGCGUCGAGAUAAGAGGGCCGCCGGGUGUUUAUUCGCAAUGUCCCUGCAGCUGCUCUCACCUGUCAACUAGCUGGCUCCUCUCCUCCUGUCUCCUGUGUGUGGCGUCGCCGAUGGCCCACUGCGGCUCCGACCCGACCGGAAAGGUGCCGGGCCCGCGUCCGGACAGCGGCGCCGUGAUCCGGGCGUCGCAGGGCGGCGUGGACCAGAGCAUGAAGCCGGUGCUGUUCGAGAUCUUCGGGGAGAUCUGGACCGUCCAGUCGCGGCUCGGCCAGGGAGUCUCGGCCUCGGUGUACCGAGUCAGCUCGGGCAGAGCCACCACCGCCGCUGUCAAGGAGUUCCAGGCCGACACUCAGGGAGGAGAUUACGGGUAUCACAAGGAGAGGUCCGUGCUGGAAGACAUCCAGGGACAUAAAAACAUAGUGACGCUGUACGGCGUGUUCACCAAUCACGGCUGUAUGGGCGCGUCCACCCGCUGUCUGCUGCUCGAGCUCCUGGACGUCAGCGUGUCCGAGCUGCUGGUGAGAGGCAGCGCCCAGACAGGUGGCGGCGGUACCCCGGGUGGUAGACCCCAGCAAGGCCACUCCAUGUGGCUGGUCCAGCACUGUGCCAGAGACGUCCUGGAGGCCCUCGCCUUCCUCCACAGGGAAGGCUACGUCCACGCCGACCUCAAGCCACGCAACAUCCUCUGGAGCGCCGACGACGAGUGCUUCAAGCUCAUCGACUUCGGCCUCAGCUUCAAAGAGGGAAACCAGGAUGUGAAGUACAUCCAGACAGAUGGGUACCGCGCUCCGGAGGCUGAGCUGCAGAACAGCCUGGCGCAGGCCGGGGUGGAGGUGGAGGGCGACUCGGGCUGCACAGCUGCCGUGGACCUGUGGAGCCUGGGCAUCAUCCUGCUGGAGAUGUACUCAGGAAUCAAACUCAAAGACACCGUCCGCUCCAAGGAGUGGAAGGACAACAGCGCUGCCAUAGUAGAGCAUAUCUUCGCCAGCAACAGCCUGGUGUGCCCUGCCAUCCCCGUCUAUCACCUCAGAGACCUUAUCAAAAGCAUGCUUCACAAUAACCCCAAGCACAGAUGCACAGCUGAAACUGCCUUGCUGAGCCCAUUCUUUAGCAUUCCCUUCGCUCCUCACAUUGAAGACCUGGUUCUGCUACCUUCUCCUGUCCUGCGUCUUCUCAACCUGAUUGACGACAGCCAUCUGCACAAUGAAGAGGAAUACGAAGACAUCCUCGAGGACAUGAAAGAAGAGUGCCAGAAGUAUGGCUCAGUGGUUUCUCUGCUCAUCCCUAAGGAGAACCCAGGGAAAGGACAGGUCUUCGUCGAGUACGCCAACUCCAGUGACUCCAAAGAGGCUCAGAGGCUGCUGACCGGCCGCACCUUUGAUGGGAAGUUUGUCGUGGCCACCUUCUACCCCCUCAGUGCUUAUAAAAGAGGCUACUUGUACCAGACUGUGCAGUGAGCUCCUGCAGCCUAAAGGUCGAUUUAUACCUCUGCAUCAUUCGCAUGGAGAAAAAAAGAAAAAAAAAAGAAAAAAAAAGAAAGAAACCACCUGCCUUGGGCGGCACAGAGGGGAAUCCAUAUCUGUGGUUCUGUUUCCACAAAAAUUCAGUCGUCCAAAUACAAAUGAGUGCAGUUUGAACUCCAAAUGUAAACUCUAAAUAUGAAUCCCCGCAUGUUCAACACAACAAAACUGUGGUUCAUGCAGAGAGUAUAAAUCGAGCUCAGCGGUGAGGGGCAAGUGUGUGUGCUACUGUACCGAUGCACAUCCAUCCAACGCUUCAAGGUGAUUGGCUAUCUCAUUUAACUCCUGUAGGUCAGAGGUUCCCAAACUGAGGCUCAAGGACGCCCGGGGGUCCUUGAGAGAGUGAGGAUUAGUUCAGUUUUCUCUCUUGCUGGACGUUAACACGAUCAAAGAAUGUAUAAGAAUGUCAGACAGGACAACAUUUUCUCAGAUGAGGAUUUCUGGAACAAACACCUUUCAUCAGACAGGGCUUCGUCGUCUCUAAAGUGCAUUAAUCCUGGGGCUCCUUGACAUGACCGGGUUUGGGAACCCCCUUGCUCUACGUCACGCCUGAAGCGGUGCGUCUGUCUAGAUUUUAUUGUUUGUGAAAAUGUCCUGUCUCGUCUGUAAACUCAGGGAUGUGAUCGGGAGCUUACAAAAGCAGUGAAAAUGAUCUUCCAGUAGUGAUGAACAGGAGUUGUAAGUCUCACAAAACCGAAACGUUGAAGAAGAAAAAAAAACAAAAACUUAAAAUCACAUCCCUGAGAACGUAAGGUAUUCUGUGGUGAACGUCGUCCUUUUACUGCCGUUAAAAAUGCUGAUGUGAUUACAUUAUUUUUGCCUAUUUAUAUUAGUUAUGUUAAAACUUAAAUGAGAGGAAUCGGCAUAGCAUAAGGGGAUGUAUCCUCUGCCUCCUCCUACUAUAGUUUUCAGGGAGAAAUGGUUUGGAGUGACCCAUCCAUUAGCUAGCAUUUUUCACUUAACUAUCGUUAUCUGAGCAACCAACAGGGUCCUAAUGCCCUGUUAUGUAGCCUUAUGCUUUGUAGCUUGUUUUUAUUUACAAAAAACAACAUCAUAUUAGGGGGAUUUACACAAGAAGUUGGAAGAAGAGGCUUUGUGCAACAGCAGCACUUCAGUAUUUCAGCUCCAUACUCGUGUGGCUUACGUGAAACGAUGCAGUGACUAAAGAGGCUAGAUUAUCAAAAAUAUCAGAUGCACACUUUAAGUCGCAAUGAGAGCCUCUCUCUUUCCCCGCGGUGAUGUAUUUCCUGUUUAAACAGGAUGCAGGGGCACAAACCAGGGAGUUGUUAUUUGAUGGCGAGGGUGUGAUGGUUAAGCAAUCUGAAAAUGUGAUGGCUUUAUUGUCCAUGCCUACUUUUUUGGCAUUUUUUGUGAAGCAGCUGGAUAUUCUGGUGUUAAAAAAAAAGAGCUAAAGUCAUUUUCCAUUUCAUCGUGACUUUAAAAGAGCUGCAGCCCUUUUUGUUCAUGCUGCACCCAUUUCAGGAGGAAAAGGGCACCUGAAAAAAAAAAAAAAAAAACUCCAGUCAGUACUGUGGUCAUGUCUAUGCAUUACAGGCUUGUACAGUUCAUUGCACAGUAAGAGUUUUUUGACUACUGAAAACUACUAUUUAUUAAUAUGAUUUUCAUCUGUGCCAAAUCCGUUGAGCAUUGUAAAAUGAGCCCAUGAA